UCCGUGCCUUUAAAAAAGAUGAUAGCGCAACCUGGGAGACCGACAAGUCAGUCGUAAUUUGCAAUGAAUGCGGAAACAAGUUAAAGUAUUCAGGAAAUACGACAAACAUGUCAACUCAUCUACAACGGCACCAUGGGGGUAAAACACCAGGUAGGAGACAACCACCUGCCUCCGAGAAGGAAUCGGCACCAGUGCAGUCAAUCAAAACAAUGUUCGGCGCCAACAGAAAACUAAAGCAUGACAGUAACCGAGCCAAAAUGAUUACAAAGUCCAUUGCCGAAUUUUUUGUGCAGGAUCUGAGACCAUUUUCUGUGGUUGAAAAUAUUGGAUUUCGGAGAAUGAUUAAUACUUUGGAGCCUCAAUACACUAUUCCUUCAAGACAACAUUUUACAGACAAAAUCAUUCCAGAAAUGUACGACAAGGUUAAAAGUGAGCUUUUGGGCGAUUUGGAAAAAGCAGAAGCUGUCAGUGUUACGUCAGAUGGAUGGACGUCGCGAGCCACAGAAUCGUAUGUAACAGUUACAUGCCAUUACAUUGAUGAUGAGUGGAAUUUGAAAAACAAAGUUCUGCAGACAAGAAAAACUAACGAAUCACAUACAGGUGAGAACAUUGGACAUAUUUUAGUGAAUUCCUUUGCCGAGUGGAACAUAUCAGACAAAAUCUUUGCACUUGUAACAGACAAUGCUAGAAAUAUGAAGUCGGCUGCAAGGGAAGCUAAUUUAAGUAACCAUAUAGGUUGCUUUGCACACACUCUUAACCUUGCAGCACAGAGAGCUGUUGGAGUAGGAGCACUGCAAAAAUCACUUGUAAAAAUUCGAAAAACUGUUGCAUAUUUUCACCGCAGUAGUACAGCGUUAGAAGUAUUGAAAGAGAAAUGUACUCUCCUGAAACUCCCUAACCUGAAAUUGAAGAUGGAUGUUGUGACAAGGUGGAAUAGUACAUAUGAAAUGGUAGACCGGUAUCUGCAGUUACAAGCAGCUGUACAAGCUUCACUAUUGAGUAAGGACUUAAGAAUCAAACAAGAUAUCCUCAAGCCCCUUGCAUUGACAGAUGAAGAAAUAAUAGUGGCGGAAACACUUGUGCUGGUGAUGAAACCCAUGAAAACUGCUACAGUUAUUAUGUGUGAUGAACAUUCUCCAACUCUAUCAGUUGUGUGGCCCCUGUAUCAACAAAUAUUACGCAGUGUCAGGAUUCAGGAUGAUGAUAGCCGAUGUACCAUCGCCAUGAAGAAUGCCAUAGCUGAUGACCUGGCUGGGCGUUAUGAUCAUGUUGAGACAUUCUUGCAAAUGGCAAGCUUUUUGGACCCAAGAUUUAAGACCCUGCCAUCAUUGAAUGAUGUUGAUAGAGUGGGACUUGUGUCUAAACUUACCCUUGAAGUGGCAGAACUAGGAAACCAGCCCGUAGUGAAGACUGAGCCUGUAGAUACUGCCGAAGUUCUGCCAUUACUGGCAGCUCUCCCGGUGGAGAAGCCACAGCUAUCAGGAUCAGACUCUGAUGAAUCCCCAAUAAAGAAAAAAUUAAAGACAGAAAAUGGAACUGGUUGUGCACUCAGUGACUUAUUAGGUGAUGUGUAUAUUGUGAAAGAAGAAAAGAGAUCGAAAUCAAAUUUGGAGAUGGCAUCGGACGAGGUUGCCGCUUAUCAGAAAGUGGAUACCUUGCUCAUGAACCAGAAUCCUUUAUUAUGGUGGAAGGAAAAUGCAUAUUUGUAUCCCAGACUCUCCAAGUUAGCUAAACGCUAUCACUGUGUACCAGGCACAUCCGUACCUAGUGAGCGAAUAUUUUCGUGCGCAGGGGACAUUGUUACUGCCCAGCGAAGCACACUAAAAUCAAAAAAUGUUGACGCCUUAAUCUUUCUAAAAAAGAAUUUUGAACCAUGUUGAAACACCCUUUUGAAAUCGGCUUUGCUGGUUUGAGAAACAAUAAAAAUAAUGAAAACAAUACACUGAUUUCAUCUGACUUUUUCUGCACACUGAAAGCAAUUCUGAUGCAAGGUAAUGAGUUAUGUAAAUCUGUUGAAAACAAAUGGAGAUGAAAAAGAAGUUAACAUAUGAAAAGAUUUGCUUAACCAUGGUUUGGUAAUAAUAUCUGUUGAAAUAGGAAGUAUCGCGAUACGUAUUGUAUCGUGACCAAAGUAUCGCGAUACGUAUCGUAUCGUCACUACCCUUGCGAUACACA